AUGAAAGUUGUCAAGAAAGCGGUACCCAAUCGAAAGGCAUCCGCCAAGAAAAACGACAAGGCUGGGAGCAAAGCCUCGAAGACCAAGAAGAGCACUACCGCCGGUACCAAACCAAGUCGCAAGAGGGGUGCGGCUGGAGGAGGAGGCGCAGCAGGAGCUGCAGCAGCGGCCAGCGAUGAGGAGGAUGACUUUGUCAAUCGUAGAGCCAAGAAACCCAAGACAGGCCGUAUCGGCAGAACUGCUGGCAAGAACUAUCCUCCAGAGAUUCAAGCCGCGCUGGGCAGAGCUCGUAUGCUGUACGUCAAGGGCAAGGUGGUGGAAGCAUCGACGGAGCUCUCUGAAGUCGUGAUCCAGUGCUCGUCUAUUCCAGAGCCGUAUGCGCUGCUGGCGAUGAUUUACCAAGACGGCGGGAAACACGAAGAAGCGCUCAUGUUCUACAAGCUCGCGUGUGCUCGCGACACGAAAAAUUGGGGCAAUCAUCAGGAGGUCGCUCGAAUCGCAGGCAUUCUCGGGGACCACACGUCCAGGCUCGAGGCUUUGAAGGUGCUGGCCCGCCUCCGGCCCAACGACCUCAACGUUGCGAUCGAAAGGGCGAGAUGCUUGCUGGAGCUCCAGAAAUCCAAACAGGCGUUGGACGUUUACGCGAAGGCCGCCAAGCGCUUCCCGAGGAAGCUGGACAUCUACCUUGACCUCGCGGAGUGCGUUGAAUGCGUGUCUCCUCAGCAGAACAUCUUCGUGCAUCAGGCCUUGGCAUCCUGUCUGCGGCGUGUCGUCGGGAAAAGGUAUCUCGGGCCAGACGUCAGGGAUCUCGCAGACGGCUUCUCGGCCAGGCUCCGCGAAAUCAAGCUCGAGCACCCCAAACCGAAGCGCCUGCCAGCGCGCAGGCCGGGGCUGCCGUCCAAGCGUGAGGGCGAGGUGGCCAUGACGGCGACCGCUCUCCUCGUGGGCAAGCUCAUGGAGAGCCGCAAGAGACAAGAGCCGCAAUACGAGGUCGCUGUGCAGGUAGUUGAAGGCCUCGGCAGCUGGCUCAACUCAUGCCACCGGAUAGCUUGCCGUGACGACCUCGAGUACGAAUCGGGGGAAGGAGGAGAGGAAGAUGAGCUGGAGGGCGAUGGAGAACUUGAUAGCGACAGUGACGUGCGAGACAGCAAUGAUGACGGCACCGACGACGAGGAGGACGAUGGGUCGAAUUUAGACCGAGACGGCGGCAGCGAGGAUGAGUUGGACGGUAACGACGACGACGGAGAGGAGGACGAACCCAUGGACACGUUCGAGCUGGACCCCGAAAUUGUGUUGCGCUAUGGCAUCUGCCAGCUGUAUUGUGGCGAAAAGGAGAAGGCGGACAACGCCCUCCUUUUCCUGAAGGAUGAGGAAGCCGACGGGCCUCACGGCCAUAUGAUGUUGGAGGUGGCCAAGGUUUACGCGGAGACGGGUUAUCUAGUAGAGUCGCUAGAACUUCUGCGAAACGUGGCACAAUCCAAGCACCCUCGCCACCGCCUGGCCAGCGUUCAGCUCGGUGCUGCGUACGCAUCCCAGGGAAAGCACGAACUUGCCUCGAAUACCUAUUCCGUCGUCCUGGCAGAGCGCCCACACCACGCCGCAGCUCUAGCAGGGAUAGCGGAAGCUGCGUACUGGCGAGGAAAGGGUACCGUUCCUGCGGCUCUAUCGGCGUUGUCGACAGCCGUGGAGAGAGCCACUAAGGCUUGGACGGACGGCGGUCUGGCGGCUUCCCCAGCAGAGGAUGAUGACGAAGGGGAAGACGCCACCGCUUUCCAGAGACUGCAGCUUCUUAUGCAGUGGGCCACGCUCAGCCUCAUGGAGAACAACAGGGCAGACUUUGCGUGCGUGGCGGUUCCCCUGGUCAGCGUCGCACUGGGCCAGCUGGUGCAGCGGCAGGAGUUUGAACAGCAGAAGCCGCCACCUGUGCCGCCGGUUCGCUCGCAGGAGACAGCACGAAGCGGUCGGGCAGGACCGACCAAGCCAGGACUACCAUCUGGCUCCAAGCAGGGCGAACAGGUCGGGCGACGCGCGGUGUUCUGGCAUUUGGUGGAGGUCGUCCGUUCUCUGAAGGCCCUGGGAAGCUCUGCUGAGGUGAAAAAGUUGGUCGAUGCAGCAUUGCAGCCGAACGGGUUACUCAGGGGAUUAGAAAAGGAAGAUCUUCAGGCGGUCGUCGCCAACGCUGACACAGCUGUGCUGCGCACUAUGCCCGGCGGAUCCCCAAUUCACGGCCCCGCUUCGCGUGAAGGCUUUCUUUUGGGCCCUGCCAUCACCGGGGACCCCUCGGCAAACCCCGACGGCGACGAUUCUCCGACCGCGGUUGCUCUCAUGUCCGAGCAGUACUAUCCCCCGCCUUGGCGGUGUGUCGAAGAAAAGGAUGACGAUGGGUUGCCCCGUCGGGCCGGGCGCGCGUGGCGUCCUCCCACGCGCUCCUUGCAUGGUACCGGUCCGCGCCGAAGCCGCGGUCGCGCUCUGAUGGAGCUGGACGAGCGGAAGGACGACGGGGAUGCCAUUUGUACGACCGUGCGGGCGCUGUCUAGGAGGCCGGGAAACGACGCCGUGUGGAACCUUAUGCAGCGAGUUGCGAUGGAGCGCGGAGUGGAACAAGCGGAUGGGGGUUUCCACGGGGAGCAGGUUGAGGCGCUGGUAUCGCGGCACCGUGAGCGGCCCCAGGGACUCCUACAUCGGGCCCACGACGCCGCUAUCUGGAAUCGAGCCAAGCACGCACUGAGGCUGUACAGUCAUGCGCACGCCACACGCCCGGAAGAACCGCUCCCGAUACUUUGCCUCGCCAUGCACAUCUGCCGCACGGUGACGGUCAUGGAGACGAUGGUGGAGAACGAUGGCGUGUGCGUACUGCAGGCUCUUGCUUGUCUGCACCGCUACGCCCACUUGCGCAAGGAACAGGCGCAAUCUGCUGGCGAAGAAGAUCCCACGGUGGGUAGCACCAGCGGUUCGGCUGAUGCCACGAUUCCGGAGGCUGUUUUGGAGCAAGAAAUUAUGUACAACCUGGGUCGGGCGUACCACCAGGUGGGACUGCCAGAGCUCGCGAUGGAGUACUACAGCAGAGCCCUGCAGGUGAAGGACGAACGCGGGGACGAGUUGCGAAGCUGGCAGGGAAGCGAUGAUGGGGUCACGAAAGAAACCGCUCACAACAUGUGUGCGCUGUACAAGAGAAAUGGGCAGACUGCGAUGGCUCUUAGCGUUCUCAACAAAUAUCUUGCCGUGGGUUGAUUACCUUACAGAGGGUAGACACCGCUGUUGUUGUGAGGGAGGAAGGGAUAAUAUUGUGAGAAAUUGGCGGGGAUGAGGGGGACUCGUGCACACCACGAGUACCUCGCUAGUUAUAUUCGCGAUCAAUUUUGGUUGCGUCGUUGAUGUUUCCGUGUUGCUUCUAGCAUUGGCGUUUGUGUGGUACGCGCUGUGUGGAGGCUAACGAUAUUUAACGUGUAAAUACCAGACAGGGGCGAAGGAUUAGUCAUUGACAAGCAAUAGGCGAAUACGCCAACGUUGGGCUCGGAGAUCAUGUUACCAGCAUUCACUCUUUUUGUUUUUGUUGCGAAUCGCAGCAGGCCUUCACGAGUGCAGAAUGUGAGGUGCGCAAUGAACGACCUCCGCUCAUUUUUCUUCAAUUAAUUUCAUGAGUUUCGGAGGUGUCUUUCGACGUCGUGGAGGUUGUGUGCUUGUUGUGGCAAGGCACCUGGCACUGAAGCUGUU